AUGAAAAUCAGUGGGGUGACAAGUCUCCUCGCGUUGCUCGUCCUGGCGUUGGCAGGCCAUGCUUCCGGCGCCUGCUUUCCCGAAUCUGAGCGCCGUCCGCUGCGAGACGAUAUUGCGCCGAUCAAUCUCGCUGUCAACAACCGCGACUCGUCCCGCACAAGCUGGAGCAUUGCAAAAAUUCUGAUUGAGGAAAAGCUCGGUCUUCCAACCACCACGUCCGUCUAUGAGACGUACGAAGAAGCAUUCGAGUCCCUGUCGACAGGAACAACGGACUUGCUUUUGGAAGUGUACAGCGAUGACGUGCCAGAGCUGCUCCAGCACUAUGUCAACAACCUCCGGUCUGUCGUGAAUGCUGGACCUUCGGGCGUGGUUGCCGAAACGGGCUGGUUCAUCCCCGAAUACACCUGGGAAAUCAAUCCAAUCAUGGACAGCUACAUUGCCUUCUAG